AUGGUCGUCAUAGGCUUGUUCGUCAAGGCUGAUCUCGAGAACGUGGCAGGAGUGAAGGUUCUGCCCGACCAUGUGUGGAGCCUUAACCUCCGGGAGUCCGACGGCUUAGAGGAGCGAAAAAACGUCUCGCUCAGCGCCGCGGAGUUCGCGGACACUGGGAACAACAGGAACUCCGUGAACCUGUGCCUGAACUUCAAGGAAUCCAGGAGGAAGGGGACCAUAACCAUCAGGAGCGUCAAGGACGUGACGCGCGACUUCUUCCCUCACGAGGGCGACUUUUCGUGCGUCGUCGCCUUCGACUGCCGCGGCGUCGACAUUCUGUCCUGGAAUCCCAACGGCGGAUACUCCGUUCUCUGCGAGAGCGGCAACGUCAUAGACGAUGUCUUGUUCGAGGACGGAUCUUGGGUCGGAUUCGACGAGAAAUCUGGCAACUGUGUAUCUGUUUUGAACCUGGACUACGAGCUCAGGGUCAUUCCGUGA